GCCAUCCGGAAGCGCGAGCAAGGCUGCCAGAUGUGCAGGCAGCGGAGGAGGAGGAAGAGGAGAUGGAUCCCCCGGACUCGGCCUCGAGGGUCUUCUGCAGCCGGAUCUUGAGCAUGGUGAACACGGACGACGUCAACGCCAUCAUCCUGGCCCAGAAGAACAUGCUGGACCGCUUCGAGAAGACCAACGAGAUGCUGCUCAACUUCAACAACCUGUCGAGCGCGCGCCUGCAGCAGAUGAACGAGCGCUUCCUGCACCACACGCGCACGCUGGUGGAGAUGAAGCGCGACCUGGACAGCAUCUUCCGCAGGAUCAGGACACUGAAAGGGAAGCUGGCCAGGCAGCAUCCGGAGGCCUUCAGCCACAUCCCAGAGGCUUCUCUGCUGGAGGACGAUGACGAAGAUGCCGUCCCACCCAGCAUCACGACCACCAUCGCCACCUCUGAGCAGAGCACAGGUUCCUGUGACACCAGCCCUGACACUGUCUCACCCUCCCUCAGCCCCGGCUUCGAGGACCUGUCCCACGCACGGCCUGGCUCCCCUGCUGUCAAUGGCCACAGCCAGACAGACGAUGAAGAGACAGCAGGAGAGUAACUCCCCCACCCAGACCCCAGAGGGCUCAGGGCACAGGUGGCCCUCCUGGGCCGAGGGGCAGCAGUCACCCUGUGUCACCAUCAUCGGCUCUGCCACCUGUCCUGGCAUCCAGGGCCCCUCCUGCGCUGUGCUCUUCCUGGGGGCCUCCAACCCCUGCUCCUUCCCUGUGACCCCACCAUGCCGGGACACAGUGUCCAGGAGGGAGCCACCAGGCUGCGCCACGGUCUGCUCUCAACACUUACGAGGCUCUCACAGAGCAGCGCCAGCCGUCCCCACUCCUGGCCAGGACCUGCCGGAGAGGGACGGGCACCGUCACCUGAGUCCCCCUACCCCUACACUAAUUCUGGCUUCCGACCGUUGUUUGACAAAAGUACGGGACAUUUCUUCAGCUGCGUUGAGGUUUCUGGGGCGGCCAGCCCUCGGCCCUCGGCCCGGGAGCACGGAGUCGAAGGGAGUAUUUUUGUACCCGGUAUUUACAGAUGCUCUUGGGAAGUUAUCAAUAAAGGCCGUUCCUAGGCAGGGAGGAUGACACCUGGCUGAGCUGCCUUCCAUCCCAGAGCUGGACAGGCGCUGGGUGUGGGGUGCGGGACGGUCCGUUCCUCUCCCCCCGGUCACCCCACCUCUGCAGCGCGUGGAAGUCGUGCUGUGGGAUGGGGGGAUGACCACAAGGCCUUCGGUUCAUUUCCAGCCCCAGGG